AUAUUAGGGCACGUCAUUCCAUGAUGGCUGAAGAUUCCGGCGGAACAUUCUUUAAUUCUUACCAUAUUUUUCUUACUUUCUUUGUAUCUACGCUUGUCAUAGAGACAUGGCUGGACUUAUAGAAAAGUUAGACAUCUACAGAUCUUUGGUAUCGACAUGCCCAAGAAAGGGAACCGAAAACGGCUGAAAUUUAAGGCGGGGGACGUUUGUUCGGAAUCAGUGACCGUUGCUGAUUAUGCUGAUGCCGACCCAGCCAUUGUGAAGUCUGGUAGGGUGAAAAAGGCUGUUGUCAAUGCGAUUGAAAAAGAAGCAAAACUACUUUGCGGCCUGGAAGCAUCUCAGGGUGCGGUGGACGAAGUCCUCUCAUCUUCAGUUGGUGUCAAGGAGGAUGCUUUGGGCAGCAGUGAAGACUGUGAGCCUGGAGAAGAGGAAGACGGAGAGACUGAAAACAAAGUAGGCCGCAAAAAGAAAAACAAAAGGAGAAAAGAAAAUAGUGAGAAUGAGGAUGGAGGCGAUUAUCCAGUGGACAUUUGGCUACUUCUUGCGUCGUAUAUUCGACCUGAGGAUGUGUGCAAAUUUGCUUUGAUCUGCAAGAACGCCUGGAUCGUCACUUGUACAGCCGCUUUUUGGACCCGACUCUACAGAAGACAUUACAAAGUUGACGCCGACCUGCCGUUCCGCCUUCAGCCCGACUCCGUACAUAAGAUGCACUGUCUUCGAGCCUGCGUCAUUCGCUCCCUUUACCAUCUAUAUGAGCCGUUCAGUUUACGCGUGGCCAAAAUUCCUGCUCUACCAGAAUCUACGCCCACGUUACUCAACUCAAAGUGUUUACUCUUCUGGAUCAGAAAAGUGUCAGAGGCAUUAUGGGAGUUCAAUUUCAAGUUUGAAAAGCAGCAGGAACAUCGCAGAAAUGGUUGUGCCAAAUCUCUGCUCAUGCCCAAACAAUACGAAAACGUCCACGUGAAUCCAGACUCUGACUGCUAUGUGCUCCAAGUGACAACACUCAACUUCAUUUUCAUCCCAGUUGUCAUGGGAAUGACUCUGACACUGUUCACCAUUAACGUGAGCACAGACAUGCGGCACCACCGCGUUCGUCUAAUCUUCCAGGAUUCGCCCCUCCAGAGGAAGAGGAGAGCGGAUCAAAGUGGGAUCCAGGUGAUUCUGGAUCCCGUACAGGGUGUCAAAUUAAUGGACUGGUGGCAUCCUCAGUACCCAUCAUCGCCCUACACAUGAUGAUGCUUCCUCCGCAGUCCCAGCAGCAGCAGCCAGGAGGUCCUGCUGGUGUCUUCACACUCUUCCAAAUGAUAGAUUAUUCUAUUCAUUUUAUUCUUUUGUGUUUGCACAAACAUUUGGAUUUGAUUUUUUUAAAAAGAAAAGGCUAUAGAACACUGUCUGGGUAAAUCUUAUUCAAAUCCAUUAGAUUGGAUUGUUGUUUGCACAUAUGGCAGCAUUAUUACACCUGAACUUCAACAUUUGCUUUUCUGAAAGCUCCGUUCAAACAGAUUAGGUGAACAUAUUUGCAAAUCCCUGCAGUGAUCUCAUUUGUUUUUCACUUGUAAAGUUAUGCAGCACUGAUUUAAAUCUUUCCUCAACAAUUGUAUUUUUUUCCCCGUGAAAUCAGGUUUAUUUAUUUUUAAAACAUGAUUGUGAAUGUUAUCGACUUUAAGGAAAAGUCAGGAAGAUGUUUGCUUCAAACAGGAAAUGAUUGUUGUUUUUUUACUGAUGAUGGAAGCUGAAUCAUUUCAUGCUGCACUCAGAUUUUCAGACAAACGAGUGUUUAAAGAAAAUAGAAUUCACCAAUAAUGUUUGGUGCCAAGUUUAUUCUGCAUAUUCACUGCCUAGGAAAAUGUCUGAACUAAAGUGUCUAUUUCAAUGCAAAUUUGAGUUAAUUGCAUCUGGAUGAUCAAGAAGGAAAUGUUUCUUUCAUUGAGUUCUAGUAAAAAUUUCAACCAUAACAAUAAAAUAAAAAUAGUUGUUGAAGUUAUUGUGUUUUGAUCUGUUUUUACCAGGCUCUGUGUUGAAAUGCUGAAGUCCCCUCCAUAGUUUAGCUCUCCAAACAUAUGUUGGCUUUUAACACAUUCAUAUUUUCAUGCUGAUUGAAACAGAAUAAAUACGUUUGAUGAGGAAAA